AUGAUCAGCGCACAGGUCGCCCCCCGCGCUUUUGCGCGCAACACAGUUGCUCGUGGCAGCUUCGGCAGCCGUAAGCCGGCCGUGGCCUGCAACGCGAUCCUGGGGGGUCUCUUCACUAAGCCGACGACCGAGGAGGGCUUCUACAGCUACAAGGUCAAGUCCAUCGAGGGCAAGGACGUGAACCUCUCCCAGUACAAGGGCAAGGUGGUGCUGGUCGUCAACACCGCCAGCGCCUGCGGGUUCACCCCCCAGUUUGCCGAGCUGCAGGGCGUCUACGACAAGUACAAGAACAAGGGCUUCGUGGUGCUGGGCUUCCCCUGCAACCAGUUUGGCGCCCAGGACCCCGGCAGCAACUCCGAGAUCAAGUCCUUCGCCAAGUCUAACUACAACGUCACGUUCCCCCUCUUCUCCAAGGUGGAUGUGAACGGCGCCUCCGCGGACCCCCUCUUCGACUUCCUCAAGAACGAGAAGGCUGGCCUCUUCGGCUCCAAGGACAUCAAGUGGAACUUCAGCAAGUUCCUGGUCGACAAGGAGGGCGAGGUUGUGGGCCGCUACGCCCCCACCACCACCCCCGCCCAGCUGGAGAAGGAGAUUGAGAAGCUGAUUGCCGCCUGA